AUGAAGAUCAUUCGUGUUUCAUUAUGGCUUCCAUUACUGACUGUUCUUGGGCUAAGUGAUCAUAUUAGUGCUAUGUUUCAUGGUGGUGACAUUAUCCAUGACGGACAGUCUAAUUCGGCUAAUACAGACAUGGUGCAUAGAGUGACACCUGUCAGACAGCCAACAAAGGUAGUACACGAUGUAAAAAUUCGAUCAGCAGACAAAGUUUACCUCUACAGCAAGAUUAAUUCUUGUACCAGGCCUAAUGCUAGUGUACUGGCUACUUGUGGUAUCGACUAUCGGGUGCCAACUACUGUAUUAUUUCAUAAUAUACUGCAAGUGAAGAAUUAUUUAGCCCAGAUGGCCCGCCGGAAUAUGAUUGUCUACAAUAGCAAGUGCGCUUCUAUUGUUACGAAAAUCAAAUGCAAAACAUUGCUACCAAGAUGUUCCGAGGAUUAUACGACAGUUUAUUUAAACGACAUACAGGAAGAAUGUAAUCAAGCCGCGAUAUGGUGUCAAAAUGCCACUAAUUUCCCCCACGUUAAUAUUUGCAAACAGAAUCGUAGUGUUUAUAGCUUUAAUCAAUGUAUUAAACCGCCAUUAUCUUUCGAUAAUCCAUCACUAUGCAAUCAACCUAUGCUACCGUCUUAUAGUACCAUUCCACAAUGGCUGCUACCAAAUUUAAAGCUAAGUUCAUCAAGAUUAAAUGAGAAUUUACGACUCUUAUUAUCUUUAAAUGGUGCCAAAAAUGGAUGUAUUGACAAAACUAUUAUGACGAUGUGCCAAUCCAUUCCACAUUGCUCUACCGACGGUACCCAUUUAUUAACAACCCUAUCUGAGAGUCAAUGCGAAGCAACAGUUAAGUGGUAG